AAAGGAGAAGUUCCAGACUAAUUUGACAGGGUGCAUUCACAAGGAACUGUGGCAUUUGAGAUUCAGCACAUAUGCUGAAACUGUGAGAGGCGUCUGUUCCCGUGAGCUGGCUGGUGUCCUGGGGGCAGAAGAAGGCAACACACGAAGUUGACUAGAGGGUGAGGAAGAAAGUGUCUGUGAGCAAAGGGGAUUUCUCUCAACGGAAGAGGUAAUAGUGAGACUUGAGACUUUGCCUUCCAUCGGCAGCAAUGGCAGAACCAAGUACAAAGCUGAAGCAGGUAGAUCUGAACGAGGUGUCCGAAGAUGACGACGAGGUGGUUUUGGUGACCAGUGUGAAAGAGCUUCCAGAGACUGAGCGAGUUGCUGAGGUCGAGAAGGAGAGUGAUGCUCAGAUUAAUGGGACGAUGGUGCUGACGCUGCUGGACAAGAUUAUCGGCGUGGUGGACCAGAUCCAGCAGACCCAAGGUGCACUGGAGGCAAGGCAACAGAGCAUGGAACGGGCAGUGAUGGGCAUCCAGGGCGAGCUUGCCAAGCUCUCCAAGAGCCACAACGGCACCACCCAAACUGUCAACAAGAUGCUGGAGAAGGUGCGCAAGGUCAACGUCAAUGUCAAGACGGUGCGCUCCAACCUGGAGAAGCAAGCAGGACAGAUCAAGAAGCUGGAGCGCAAUGAGAGUGAGCUGCUGAAGAGGAGAAACUUCAAAGUAUUUAUUUACCAGGAUGAGGCAGAGACCCUCCCCCAGGUAGUACUUUCUAAGACCAAGAAGAGCCAGGAGGUAGCAGAUGAAGGAGGGGCUGAGGGGAACAUAGAUGCAGAAGAAGACGAAGAGGAGCCUCCCAGUGGAUUGUCCCCUGAAGAUGAGGUGGAAAUCGAGGAGAUCAUUGAGGAGUCACGAGCCCAGCGCAUCAAGCGCAGUGGCCUGCAGCGCAUGGACAACAUCAAGAAGGCCUUCUCCAAGGAGAAGAUGGAGAAGACUCGGCAGAAGACUCAGGAGAACCUGAAGAUGACCCGACAGAGAACCCGAGAGAACCUAGAAAAGACCAGGCACAACUUUCAGAAGAAGAUGGGCAAACUGAGCACGCGGAUGUCGGUCAGGUCUGAACGCAAGGAGAAGCUAAAAUUCUCACGGGAGAAGAUGAAGAAGUCCUUCAAGCCAGACCAUGCCAUUUACGCCCGCUCCAAGGUGACCGUGUACAGAGUGCCGCCCUUCACCUUCCGCGUGAAGAAGAUCCGGGGGGGCGAAGUGGAGGUGCAGGGCUCGGAGCUGGACGAGGAGCCGGAGGAGGAGGCUGGAGAAGAGGAGGGAGGGGCGGUUCGCGAGACGGAAGGGCUUCUGAAGGAGGGUGGGGAGGAGCUGCCCCCCCUGCUGCUUGCAGAGGAGGACUUGGAGCAGGUUACAGUGAAGAGUGACAGCAGGAGGAAGACUGAAUAGUGCAAGGGACAGU